CAUGAAGUAUCUAAGCUUCCAAAUUCAGUGGCCCGCCCCUUAUUCUUCAGGGGAGUCUGAAUAGAUAAAUCUACUAGGGCCAGAGAGAUUUAACUGUGUAGAAGAAGCACUAGCGGCGGCGGCGGAGGAUUUGCAGUGAAACAAGAGUAAUAUGGAGAAGGCAGAGUCGGAGAGAAAGGUAGAGGAAUCUGUGGAAGAAGAUGAUCAGGUUGUAAAUCCAUGGCAAGUUUCGGCUAAAGAUGGAGGAAAAAUCGAUUACGAUAAGCUAAUUGACAAAUUCGGCUGCCAGAGGCUCGACCAGUCUCUCGUUGACCGAGUCCAGCGCCUUACUUCUCGUCCUCCCCAUGUCUUCCUUCGCCGCGGCGUCUUCUUUGCCCAUCGGGACUUCGAAGAAAUUUUGAAUGCGUACGAGAGGGGGGAGAAAUUCUACUUGUAUACUGGAAGAGGACCUUCGUCUGAAGCAUUGCAUUUGGGGCAUCUCGUUCCUUUUAUGUUUACCAAAUAUUUGCAAGAUGCAUUUAAGGUGCCCCUUGUGAUACAACUCACUGACGACGAGAAAUGCAUGUGGAAAAAUCUUUCUGUGGAAGAGAGCCAGAGACUUGCUCGUGAGAAUGCAAAAGACAUCAUUGCUUGUGGUUUUGAUAUUUCCAAAACCUUUAUCUUCUCUGAUUUUGAUUACGUUGGUGGUGCUUUUUAUAAGAACAUGGUGAAAGUUGCCAAAUGUGUUACAUACAAUAAGGUUGUUGGUAUUUUCGGGUUUACUGGUGAAGAUCAUAUUGGAAAAGUUAGUUUUCCACCAGUGCAGGCAGUUCCUUCAUUUCCGAGUUCAUUUCCACAUCUUUUCUCUGGCAAGGAUGAUCUUCGGUGCUUAGUACCUUGUGCUAUUGAUCAGGAUCCUUAUUUUCGAAUGACAAGGGAUGUUGCUCCUCGCUUAGGUUAUCAUAAACCUGCACUGAUCGAAUCUUCUUUCUUUCCUGCUCUGCAGGGCGAGACAGGAAAGAUGUCCGCUAGUGAUCCAAAUUCUGCAAUAUAUGUGACUGAUUCCGCAAAGGAAAUAAAAAACAAGGUAAACAGAUAUGCAUUCUCCGGUGGCCAAGAUUCUAUAGAGAAGCACAGAUUAUAUGGAGCAAAUCUCGAGGUAGAUAUACCCAUCAAAUAUUUGAACUUUUUCCUUGAUGAUGAUGCUGAACUUGAACACAUAACAAAGGAGUAUGGUGCUGGACGCAUGCUAACAGGUGAAGUGAAGCAGCGCCUAAUACAAGUAUUGACUGAAAUGGUAGAAAGACAUCGUAGAGCUCGGGCUUCUGUGACAGAUGAGAUGGUGGAUGCGUUUAUGGCAGUCAGACCCCUCCCUAAUAUGUUUGACUGAAGUAGUCGACAUUCUUCGAACCGCUAUUUAUCAUGGACCUGCAUUGGAUGCGACACGAAAGGGUGGGGGUUCAUGUCUCUCGCUCGACCCACCAGUCGGAUUGAUUGUCUUAACUCGAACCAUUUUUGAACACGAGGGUUUUUUCUUUUCCAACAUAAACUUUCUAUAGCCUAUAUUUAUCCAAAUUUUAUAUUGUUAGGGAA